CCUUUACCCUUUGAGCGGCCAUUAAUAUACGCCCUCUUCAAUUGUUUCUCCAGUCUGGCACUCUCACUUGAAUAUGCCACCUAAACGAAAACGUGCGGACGCAGAUCCUCGAGGGGCCCCAGCUCGUUCGACGCGGAGUUCGACGCGGACCGGUAAAAAUGCAGCAGCAAGUGAAGUCAGCGCCGGAGCCUCGGUUGUAAAAGGCAGUUCUGUGGAUGGUGUAGAUGUGGCUCCACCCCAAAAGAAAACCAGAAACACCGGAUUGAAUGCAACAUCAAGAGCGAAAGCAACAAAGGGUGGCGCAAAUACGACGAAUGUUAAUGAUGAUAAACUCACCUCAACUAGGUUUGCAUUGAACGACGACGAAGCAGGUGAGACAAACAAGGUGGCGCCCAAAGCGUUCCAAGAAGCCACCACCGAACCGUAUACCCCUCAGCGGGCGCAAGUCCUGUUUGACUCUUUUGCCGAUGAAGACGACCGCGAUGUAAUUGGACCAGGGGGACUAGUCAACUUAUGUGAGAAGGUCAAGAUACCACUUGAGGGUGCACAGCCCCUUAUCCUUGCGUGGCAGCUAAAGUGUAGCGAAAUGGGCAAGUACACGAGGGAAGAAUGGUUGCAUGGAAUGGGCUUACUUGAAAUCUCCUCAUUGCCAGUUCUAGCCUUAGCGCUAAGAGAGCUUGACGAUCUUCUUAUUUGUGAUAAGCAAGCACUUGCUCGCUCGGCUUCCACCUCAAGUCAAGCGAAGAAGCGUGGCGGUGCGAACACAAGAGAGCCCUACAACCGAACUCGUUACAGGGAAUACGCUUCUGACCGCAAGGCUGCUUUCGCAGAUCUCUAUCAGUUUUGCUUCACGCUUGCGAAGCCACCACAAGCACGAAACAUCGACAUAGAGACGGCUACGGCGCUGUGGUCGGUACUCCUUGUUCCACGAUAUCCAAUCAUCAAGGAAUUGAAUACCUUCUUGACCGAGAAAGGCACAUACAAAGGUGCAAACAAAGAUAUUUGGAAUAUGGUGGGUGCUUCUAUCAUCUGGCAUGUGACGUACUGAUGCACCAUAGGUCCACGAGUUCUGCCGUGCUG